AUGGAGAUCGCUGCGUCGUGGGGAGGAUGGUUUGUUGUAGUGAGAAGCAGCCGAGAAAGACGACGCAUGAGUGUGGAUCUGGAUUUCAGACUUUCUUUUCUCUUGAACAUCUUGAGACACUUGAUGAACACACGUUUUUUCUCAUUAUGUUGA